UUCUUCUUUGUUUAUUUUUGUUAGGGAAAGAAACCCUUUUCUUUUCCUCUGAAAGCCUUAAUUGGGCUUACCUUAAAGUUAACAACUUUUGUCUCUGGAAUUUCUGGGUAGACAUGGUUUCUGAAUUAAUAAAUGCGAACCCAACCGUGUACGAGAAGAAAGAGCGUCGAGCUCGAAGCGCGCCCAGUGAUUAUGCGGAUGAGUACGCCGUGGAACCCAUUGACCAACCAGAAGUUUUUGAUCAUAUAAGAGAUAUAAAAGACCCGGAGCACCCAUACUCUUUGGAGGAGCUCAAAGUUAUAACAGAAGAUGCAAUCGAAGUAGAUGACAAGCAAAGUUAUGUUAGGGUCACAUUUACUCCCACAGUUGAACAUUGUAGCAUGGCAACAAUUAUUGGGCUUUGCUUGCGAGUGAAACUUUUGAGGAGCUUGCCCUCUCGUUACAAGAUUGAUAUAAGGGUAGCCCCUGGAUCUCAUGCAUCUGAAGCUGCAGUUAACAAACAACUGAAUGAUAAAGAACGGGUGGCAGCAGCACUGGAGAACCCAAAUCUCGUGGAUAUGGUUGAUGAAUGCCUGGCUCCGUCUUUUGGUUGAACCAUGGCUAGCAUAUGAUUUUCUUUCCCCAUCUCAUACUUGCAUUUUUGGCCGUUUAUGUUGUAUAAUCUGAGAUAGAUAUAAUUUGAAUGUCGUGUGAAUUUUUAUCAAGUCUUGUAAUGUAGCUGAUUAUAUUGAUUCAUAGAGUUUUCUGGCAACUUAGAAAUGUGACAACAUUGUAUAUCAA